AUGACUAUACGUCUUCCUAUAGAGCUCGAAGAAGAGAACAAAAGGCUGCACGAACUUAUUCGACAGCAUCGUUCAAGUGCUUUGGAAUGGUGUGCGGCAGCCAAGACCUAUGAGCAGGAUCGCAACUUUGUGACACUGCGCCUAGCAGAGUUAGAAAUGCAGCUUGCGAAGAAGGCAGCAUUUAAAGAUACAAACUCGCACAAAAAAAUUGAUACCCUUCAAGCCCAGGAAGCAGCGUCAACAACAAAUAUAGCACAACCAGAGGCCGCAUCUAUCACCUCUGUGACAAACGAUGAAAAUGUGUCAAUAUUGAACAGCUUCGUCAGUCAGUCUAUAUCGCAGAUUUUGGAUUAUAUGUAUGUGUUGACGUUUGAGUAUGAUGUAGUCGCAUUUUCAAAUCAAUAUAACAUCUCACCAUUCCCCCUCUCCAUAUUGAUAAAAAUGACCCAGGGCACCUUCCAAGAACUCACAUGA